AUGGUUUGGAACAAGACAAGACUCAUGAAGGAAUUGACUAGACUCAUAAAAGUGGGUUGUCAACUUCAGGUUCACUUAACAACUGUCAAUCUGUCUUCAGACUCUGACUAUUUUGAAUGGGAGAUUGGUGGCAAACUCUCUCAGACCUAUUCAACCGGUGAGGUCUACACUUACUUGAGAGGUUCAAUUGAUGAAGUAGACUGGGCAGAGGUGGUCUGGAACUCCUACGGGAUCCCCCGUCACAGUUUCCACACAUGGCUUAUGCUUCUAGACAGGUGCCCGACAAGAGAUCGCAUGCUUCGGUGGGGAUUAGCUGUGUCACCGCUCUGUCUCUUAUGCAACAAUGCUCCUGAGAGUCGAAAUCACCUCUAUUUUGAAUGUAACUUCGCGUUUGAGCUAUGGGGAAUGAGCGCGAGGAGAUGUGGCAUCGCACCUUCUAGAACUUGGACAGACACCGUUGAUCAGCUGCGGAGCCUCCCGUCGGCCCGAUCGUCGAGACCUCAUAAGCUUCUCCUCCUCCUAGCCUGGCAAUCCACGCUCUAUUGGUUAUGGAUUGAGAGGAACGCUCGCCUCCACUCCAAUGUAUUUCGAUCGACUGAUUCCAUCUUCAAAACUAUUGAUCUUCAGAUAAGGAACAGAACUCAAAGCUUCAGGGUAACAAAUCCAAAGCUCUCCUCUCAACUCUUCCAAGCUUGGAUUCGUCUUGCUGAUCACUGA